AUGUAUGGUGGCGCGAGCAAAAAGUGGUCGCCGUUCCACCCAUCCACCGCACCAGUGGCAGUAAACAAGCACAUGUCAACUUCGGUUGCGGCAUUCUGGACAGCGAGAGGGUCAAUAUUCAACACCCAAGAUCCUGGCCCUCGUGGAGACAACGAUGAGCCGCCGGAAACUUCAGGCACUCCCGACGCCAAGAAAAGCCCGACAUUGGAGUCCUUAGGACUGCCCUCAACGAACCAGUUGACCCGUGGACCCGUGGACUAA